CCGGAGGCUAGGAGCUGAGCCGGGAAAGGGCAAGGUGGCUCUUCUUCCACCAGGAGUAGAGCCUGGGCUCCACCGCUCCACUCCGCCCACGAGGGGAUGCAGCUCCUGGAAAGUGAAUUAUACUUUAAUGUACUGCAGGUUGUGUACUACGGAUGGAAACUAUUAAAGUCUAUAAUGUCAAAAACUUUUCUUAGACCAAAGGUAUCUUCCACAAAGAUAACAGACUGGGUAGACCCAUCAUUUGAUGAUUUUCCAGAGAAUACAGCCGUCUCUACUAUUACUGAAGAAUCUUUAGGUGUUAAUAAUUCAAGUCAUAGAAGAAAAAAUGUGCCUUCAGCAUUAGAAAGCAGAUUUCCAGCUACAAAAAAAGGAAAGCUAUCCUCUUUAGAACAGAUUUCUGGACUAGAAAAUUCAAAAGACUGUCUGUCUGAAAAUGAACCAUGGGUGGAUAAAUAUAAACCAGAAACUCAGCAUGAGCUUGCUGUACAUAAGAAGAAAAUUGAAGAAGUUGAAACCUGGUUAAAAGCUGAAGUUUUGGAAAGGCAGCCAAAACAGGGUGGAUCUAUUUUAUUAAUAACAGGUCCUCCUGGAUGUGGAAAAACAACAACUAUAAAAAUACUGUCAAAGGAACAUGGUAUUGAAGUACAAGAAUGGAUUAAUCCAGUCUUACAAGACUUCCAAAAAGAUGAUUUCAAGGAAAUACUUAGUUUUGAAUCAAGAUUCCAUAUAUUUCCCUAUCAGUCUCAGAUAGCAACUUUCAAAGAGUUUCUACUAAGAGCAACAAAGUAUAAUAAACUGCAGAUGCUUGGAGAUGAUCUGAGAACUGAUAAGAAGAUAAUUCUGGUUGAAGAUUUACCUAACCAGUUUUAUCGAGAUUCUUAUACUUUACAUGAAGUUCUAAGGAGGUAUGUUCAGAUUGGCCGAUGUCCUCUUGUAUUUAUAAUCUCUGACAGUGUCAAUGGAGAUAAUAGCCAUAGGUUACUAUUUCCCAAAGAAAUUCAAGAAGAGUGUUCUAUCUCAAACAUUAGUUUCAACCCUGUGGCACCAACAAUUAUGAUGAAAUUUCUUAAUCGAAUAGUGACUAUAGAAGCUAAUAAGAAUGGAGGAAGAAUUACUGUCCCCGAUAGAACUACUCUAGAGUUGCUCUGUCAAGGCUGUUCUGGUGAUAUCAGAAGUGCAAUAAACAGCCUCCAGUUUUCUUCUUCAAAAGGAAAGAAUGAUUUAUGGCCAAGGAAAAAAGGACUGUCAUUAAAAUCAGAUGCUGCACCAUCAAAAUCAAAGCGAAGAAAAAAACCUGAUAAUGUUUCUGAAAAUCAAGAGGUCCAAGCUAUUGGUGGCAAAGAUGUUUCUCUCUUUCUCUUCAGAGCUUUGGGGAAGAUUCUAUAUUGUAAAAGAGCACCUUUAACAGAAUUAGACUCACCCCGGUUGCCUUCUCACUUAUCAGAGCAUGAACGGGAUACAUUACUUGUUCAGCCUGAGGAAGUAGUAGAAAUGUCACACAUGCCGGGAGAGUUGUUUAAUUUGUAUCUUCACCAAAACUACAUAGAUUUCUUCAUGGAAAUAGAUGAUCUUGUGAGAGCCAGUGAAUUUCUGAGUUUUGCAGAUAUCCUCAGUGGUGAUUGGAAUAUACGUUCAUUACUCAGGGAAUAUAGUACUUCUGUAGCUACAAGAGGUUUGAUACAUUCCAACAAAGCCCGAGGAUUUGCUCAUUGCCAAGGAGGAGGAUCAAGUUUUCGACCCCUGCACAAACCUCAGUGGCUUCUAAUACAUAAAAAGUAUCGGGAAAAUUGCCUGGCAGCAAAAGCACUUUUUUCUGAUUUCUGCCUACCAGCUUUAUGUCUCCAAACUCAGCUAUUACCUUACCUUGCUCUGCUGACCAUUCCUAUGCGAAGUCAAGCUCAGAUUUCUUUUAUCCAAGAUAUUGGAAGACUUCCUCUGAAACACCACUUUGGAAGAUUGAAAAUGGAAGCGCUGACUGACAGGGAGCAUGGAGUGAUGGACCCUGACAGCGGAGAUGAAGCCAGGCCUGCAGAGGAGACUCACAGGGAAGCGGCUCCUGCUGAGCCUGAAGCCUGGUCUCUUCCUUUGAGUCAGAAUAGUGGGAGUGACCUGCCUGCCAGCCAGCCUCAGCCCCUGUCCUCAAAAGUGGACAUGGAAGAAGAAGACAUGAUAAUAGAGGACUAUGACAGUGAUGGCACAUAGAAACCCACCUGCCAACCAGAUUGCUAUUGGACAGAUUGAUUUUAGUGUUACUUAGGGGUACUUGAACAGAGCUAAUAUACUUUUCUGGUGAGUGACAGUUUAGUUCUUUAUUCUUGUAGUAUUUCAUCACAAGCAACUAUGUCAUCUUGAAGUAAAUGGAAAAUCAAGCCUUCAAGUACUCUGAACAUUUUUCUGUAGUAUUUAUUUAGAUUUGCGAAUGGUUUAGGGAGAAGAGGAGGUCAGUGUGUAUGAAGUAUGAAUAUUAUGCCAAAUAUCAGAAAAUGUGAACGAAUAAUCCAGAAUACAAGAAUUUUGUGGAAUGUUGUAAAUAUUUAUAAAAUAGUAUAGGAUGCAAUUAUGAGUGUAAAUAAAACUUUGUGCCUUAUUUUCAGUUUAUCGCCAGCUUCUCAGAUACCGUUUUAUAUGUUGUACAGCAGAAUAUUUUAGAUACUUUUUGUAAAGUAUUUACAUAAUUUAUGUCAAAAUUAAAGUGUUGGCUUU